AUGCUCUCACGCACACUGCUCUCCCAAGCACGCCGACCACUGCUCUCCCCCUUCGCCCCCCAGCUUCGCUCCAUGUCCUCCCCCACUCCACCUAUCGGCAACCCUCUCGACCUCAGGACGUACCAAGCAGGGAGGGACAGCGCCCUCAAGUGGGCCAAGGAGAACGGGUACAGCGACGAGUGUAUGGUAGAGGUGCAGGUCGCGUGGGGAGAGCAGGACGCCAACGCACAUGUCAACAACGCCGUCUACUUCCGCUGGCUCGAGACUGGCCGGCUCAACUUCAUGCGCGUGUUGGGCUCGCACCUCGAUCCACAAGCAGCGAAGGACUUGAGCGGGUCAGGGAAGGGCAAGGGCGUGAUCCUCGCUCGAAUCACGUUCGACUACCGGAAACCGACAUUCCACCCGGACAACCUCUUGAUCCUGCACAAGCCCGUCCAAGUCUCGGCAAAGAAGAUGAUCCUCCAAGCCUCCGUCUACUCCUACGCCCAGCAAACCGUCGUCGGGACUUCGGACUCGGUCAUGGUUGGAUACGACUAUGAUGCGGGCAAGAGUUGUGCGUGGAGUCCCCAGUUGGUGGACUUGUUGGUUGAGCGUGGGGCGGAGAAGGUGGAGAGUGGUGGGAAGGCAAAGCUUUAG